GUGUCACGUGAUCGGAAGCCUGCUAGUAAGCGUGGCAGCAGACGAUCGGUCGCCUGGAUUCUGCAACCUGACGACAUGUUUCUCACGAUUCUUUGUUCUGCUUUUUUAUUGUUCUUUACAGAAGCAGUUGAAAGACCGAGAGGUGUUCCGCUUUCAAAGGCAUCAUUUUAUCAAGUUGACCAAGAGUUUAAAUGCUUGACAACUGGACAAGUAAUUCCAUUUGAAUACAUCAAUGACAAUUACUGUGACUGUACUGAUGGUACAGAUGAACCAGGAACAUCAGCAUGUGCAAAUGGGUUCUUCUAUUGUGAAAAUAAGGGAUUUCGUGGAGAAUACAUAACGUCUUCAAGAGUAAAUGAUGGAAUAUGUGACUGCUGUGAUGGCUCAGAUGAGUAUGGCACUGAAGAGUUUCAGGAAAAUAUAAAGUGUAUAAACACCUGCAAUGAGCUUGGGCGAAAAGAAAGGGAGGAGCGGGAAGCAUUCCAGCAACUGCAGGAACAAGGAUAUAAGAUAAAGCAAGAGUAUAUACAGCAAGGCAAGCGUACAAAAGAUGAAAAGCGGGCACGUCUCUCAGAACUAGAAAAGGAGCAAGUUAAGCUUGUGGCUGCAAAAGAUGAAUUGCAAGCCAAGAAAGAACAAGUCGAAGCUCCAGAAAAGGAGGCUAAAGACAGACAUGAAAAAGCAUGGGAAGAAUUUAAAGCUAAGAAACAAGCUGAAAAGGAUCGAUUAGCAGGAAUCAAGGCCUUUGCUGAACUUGAUGUGAACAGUGACUCAGCAGUGGAUAUUGUGGAAAUGAGAAGGCAUUCUGAGUUUGACAUUGAUUCUGAUGGAACUGUUAGUGAAGAAGAAGCAAGGGAAUACCUCAGUGACAGCGAAAAGGUUGAUUUAGAUACAUUCCUUGAUCGAAUAUGGUCGACCAUAAAAGAUAUUUACAAGCCACCUCCUGAAGCUGCAGAUGCAGAUAUGGAAGCAAAAGGGGAAAGAGAAUCUGAAGAUCUUAGUGGGUCCACAGCUUCACCCCCAGAAAGUCCAGAUGACAUUCCAGCUCCACCAUCCCCAAAACCUGUUGUUCCCCCACCUGGCCCUGAUAGUCCCGCUGAUGGUUUUCAUGGUGAUGAAGAAAUGGAUGAUGAGUAUGAUGAUGAUGAAGAAGACAAUGACAGAGACUUUUAUGAAGAGGAAGAUGAGAAGGAUAAACCAAAGACAGAAGAAGAGCUGAAAAUGCCUCCAUAUGAUGAAGAAACACAAAACCUUAUAGCAGCUGCUGAUGCUGCUCGUAAUGAGUAUAAUGAAGCUGAGAACAAAGUACGAGAUGCAGAAAAUGAAAUCAAUGGUCUCAAAAAGUACCUUGAAGUGGACUAUGGGCCAGAUGAAGAGUUCAGUUCUUUGCGGGGCCAAUGUUUCGAGUACACUGACAGAGAGUAUACUUAUAAGUUGUGUCCCUUUGACAAAGCUGUCCAGAAACCCAAGUCGGGUGGAUCAGAAACCAGUUUAGGUAAAUGGGGGCACUGGUAUGGCCCUGAGGAAGACAAGUAUGUUGCAAUGAAAUAUGAAAAUGGACAAAACUGCUGGAAUGGUCCAAAUCGUUCAUGCCAUGUUAAUCUCCAUUGUGGGACAGAAAACAAACUGACAGGAGCAAGUGAACCCAGCCGGUGUGAAUACCAGUUUGAGUUCACCACACCUGCUCGCUGCCAGUCACCAGACUCUGCAUCCCCAGGCAGUCAUGAGCACACAGAACUGUAGCACCUUAUUUAGAGUUGCUAGGAAUAAAUCUCGUAUAUAUUAUUUCUAUCAGCUUUUUCAUUUUGUGAAACAAUGUCUUUUAUAUCAAAGAAAUGAAUGAUAAUAACAAUAACAGUUUUUAAAAUCUUUUACAUAAAAUGGAUUAGGACACUUACAGAAUUUAUGCCAUUUGUAGACAGCAUAAUGUUCAUGCCACAUGAUAAAUUUAGAUCAGAAUAAACUUGUAGGAGUAAAAAACAGAAUGCUUCUAAGGUAAACAGUGAAGACGCCUGUUUUUAUUUGUAAUUGUAAUUAUUAUUACUUAAAAGAUGCUUUGGGCAGUGCGUUGAAAAAUUUGAAUGCCUAAAUCAUGGUAAUAUUUUGUCUGUGACAAUCAUCUUAAAAAGUAGCCAUGAAAAGUACACGAAAGAACUGUAAUGAUUGGAGUUCAAAUUACAUUGGUGCUAAAGGCUAACUGCAGUGGUUUAAUUUGUGAGCAGAACUACAUGUCCUAUAAAGAACUUAUAUUCUUUAUUA